AUGGAACUCGUGGCUCAGCGCUCAGCGUUCAGCUGACAACUCCUCGAGCAGUCCAUGAGCAUCGUAUAGCACUUUCAUGUCUACUUCGCACAUCUGACUACCAUGAAUUUGAUAGCCAGAAAUUCAUUCAGACUCAGAGCACUUCCGCACCGUCUGAGCAGUCUUACCGUAACUUCUCUGCGACAUCAGGCAACAUGCGCAACCACAGCAAUACCAUCUUUUCCUUGCGUCGAUGCUCAUGCAGCUCGUGAAUCUAAGAUAUUAGCUUCCUCGUUCUACCGUUAUUCACAGACAGGCACACGAGCAUCAUCAAGCGACAGUGGUCCGGAACCUCCCUAUGCUCGCCCUAAUCCACUCUCAUAUAAUACGUACCACCAUCAGUAUCCGCUUGAACUGACGUAUGGGUCCACAUUACCGUCGUUUGACAUCGCCUAUGAAACAUGGGGCGCUCUCUCUCCAUCGCGGGAUAACGUGAUUUUACUCCAUACUGGUCUCUCUGCAUCUUCGCAUGCCGCCUCUACGGAGCUUAACCCAACAGAGGGCUGGUGGGAAAAAUUCAUUGGCCCAGGUCGUGCACUCGACACCAAUCAGUUUUUCGUAAUAUGCACAAACGUGCUGGGAGGAUGCUAUGGUUCCACAGGUCCUUCCUCGCUCGAUCCAGAAGGUCAACGAUACGCAACUCGAUUCCCCAUCCUAUCUAUCUUUGACAUGGUGCAGGCCCAAUUUAAGCUGCUGGACCAUCUGGGCGUGCAGAAGUUGUAUGCCAGUGUUGGUUCAUCCAUGGGCGGGAUGCAAAGUCUUGCUGCAGGAUGGCUCUUCCCAGAUCGUGUGGGCAAGAUAGUGAGCAUUAGUGGUACCGCAAGGAGCAGUCCAGGCAGCAUUGCAAUGCGUCAUGCUCAACGAAGCGUUCUCAUGGCCGAUCCAAAUUGGAACAAUGGCUCUUAUUACGAUGGUCUACCACCACACACAGGGAUGAAAUUAGCUCGUCAAAUAGCGACCAUAACAUAUCGCUCAGGUCCUGAAUGGGACCAACGAUUUGGAAGGAAACUUCGGGAACUGAAAGAUGGACAGAGUCUGCCUCCGUUGCGGUCGCCGACACUAUGUCCUGACUUCCUCAUCGAAACCUAUUUAGACCAUCAGGGAGAGCAAUUCUGCCUGAAAUAUGAUGCCAAUUCUCUCCUUUACAUCUCAAAGGCAAUGGAUCUCUUUGACCUUACCCUCCCUGCUCUUCAAGAACUCGCAAUGACCCCUGCAACACAUGCUCCGCCAUCACCCUCAACGUCAUCUUCUCGGCAAUCUCUAGUGCCGUCUAAAUCUCAUCCGCCACCAUUGCACUACGCACCUCACUUUCCCGAGCUUGCUGCUGGCCUUGAGCCGCUUAAAUCGAUACCCAUUCUGGUACUUGGGGUCCAGAGCGAUAUCCUUUUCCCAGUCGAGCAGCAGCGUGAGCUCGUCGAUGCACUUCGUAUGGCUGGCAGUACGCAAGUCAGCUACUUUGAGCUCGGUGGGGUCUGGGGACAUGAUACCUUUUUACUUGAUGUAUUGAACGUUGGAGGGGCGGUCAGGGGGUUCCUAUCCUGACCUCGUCCGAUGUUUUCGUAUCGUGCCAUUUGAUCGGUGCAACGUUCGUGAGCUAUGAGGGUACUUCUAAGCAGUUCUAGAGUCCUCAGGGAGUACUUAUGUCAGUCCUACUAACUGUCUUAAUAUUCGGGUCAUGAUCAAUGUGGCAUUGACUUCUUCAACUUCUAAUACUCACGGCCCCACACGCUAACUUAAAUUUUGUGUUGGCUAUGGAGCUAAGUACCAGUGUGGCAUGUUGGCAUGCCGUGGCGCUGAUCGCACGCGGGUCCUCAAUGAUUCAAUAUGCCCAAACGCAAGUGCCACAGUGCUACAUACUGCAUGCCAAUCCGAGUUAGAUUAGUGGAGCUAUUGGUCGGGCUUGCUCCUCGUCGAUCUUGGGAAUAAAGUUUAACUUUGAAGGUGGCGACUGUGGGCGCACGGAGGGAAUUGUAAAAUAAUUAGCCAUUUGCAGAAUACUAGGCCAAUCGUCC